AGCCGCAGAGACAGACCAAACACACACACAGCUAGACUUACUGUUACCUUCACUUUAAUAUACACACAGACACACAGAAGAGCAGGUAGAUAAAGAGCCGACCUGAAGCCUACCAGACACACUCAUCUGUCCUCACACUCUCUCACACACUCAGCAGCAUGUUUCGCUGGAGGCUCCCCCAGGCAGUGUGCGUGCUGUCGGCAUGUGUAUGUCUGCUGCUGGCGUACGAGGAUGAUAUUGAGGUCAAUUACGCUGACCCCUUCUACAAUGAAAUCACAGAGGGGCAGACGCCAGAACCUACACCAAGCUCGACUCCCUGCAGUUCUCCAGACCUGACCAAAUGGGACAAACUCUUCUCAAUGCUGGAGAACAGUCAGAUGAGGGAGAAUAUGAUGCUUCAGUAUGCCGAUGACAUCAUCAAGGUGGAGAUGGGGUCGCUGCGUGGGGAAAUGCUCAGGUUUGUAGCACAGUAUGGUGGCUCAUGCGGAGUUGCCGUGGAGUCAGCAGGAAGAAGGAUGGCCUUGCAGCUGGAGGGCCGCCUUAGAGAAACCGUGGAUCGCUUCAAAAUCAAAGACCAGAUUUCUGCCUCUGCAGGAAAUUCUGUUGGGAAUUCCGACCACCUUGAGGUGAUGCUACAGCAGCUCCUCUCUGCAGCACGCAGCCAAGCUUCACGACUCGCCAAGUUGGAGAUCAGCUGCUUCAGCAGCCCAGGAGCCGGGACGGGGAUGAAUUCAAAGACAGGAUCUCCUUUUACUGAGGGAACAGCUGGGCUUCGAGAGCAAGAGGUAACAUCACGAGGUGUGACUUUAGACACUGUGCUCGCUGCGCUGCAACAGACCAGAGUGGAACAGGAGGAGUUGCUGAGGUCAUCAAGGCAAAGAUACCUUCCCGGAGGUUGUGAGAUGGCUCUCCUCUUCCCCAUGCGUUCUCGUCGAAUCUACACCUCAGUUUUUCCCGAGGUCCCUCUCUCCGUCUCCGCCUUCACAGUCUGCAUGUGGGUGAAGCCAACCACUGUCUCCAACAAAACUGUACUCUUUUCUUACGGAAACCGCCGCAACCCAUAUGAGAUUCAGCUACUGCUAGCUCAAACGUCAGCGCUCUUCACCAUAGGAGGAGAGGCUCACCUGGUUGAAGCACGGGGCGUUGUCAACACAGGAAGUGCAUCGGAAUGGAUCCAUUUGUGCGGGGCUUGGUCGUCGAAGCAGGGUCUGGCAUCCCUGUGGGUAGAUGGGAAAAAGGUGGCAUCGGUCCCCGGAGUGGCUGAGGGUCAUGUCUUACCCGACGGUGGCUCGAUGCAGCUGGGUCAGGAAAAGAACGGCUGCUGCCCAAUGGCUCAAAACAUCGGGAUGCCAGGGUUUGAGGCAGGAUUCGAUCAUAAGCUGGCGCUCGCAGGGAAAAUGACAGGAGUGAACAUGUGGGACAGGGUCCUGUCAGAGGAGGAGAUUCCCCAGCUGGCUACCAGGGGGGGCCAGGGCUGUGAGCAGAGAGGGAAUGUGGUAGCGUGGGGAGUGACGGAGAUGGUGCCCCAUGGAGGCGCUCAGUUCAUCAACUAACAUAUUCGUUCACUUUUCAUGGUAGAUGCUGUCAUCAGCAUCAACAGAGUCAUCAUCGUCAUAGCAGCAACAUCCCAACAAGCUUUCACGCUAAAACUGAAAAACUGCUUACGUCAUCACCCUGUCCUAAAUAUCCAUAGUUAAAUAUCCAAUAUCCAUCCAAUAACCAUGUUAUUUUCAAGACAGUUAUAUUCUUAUGCAUCUUGAUCUUCAAUUUACACAUAAACACUAAUACUGCAAGGACUUUAACAGGACAUACUCAUGUGAGAAAGCCAAUGCUGAGAGAGAUUCCUGUAGCCUAACCAUUUGAACUGAGGCCUUACAAUACACAGAGAUCCACUCACACACACACACACGCACACACACACACACACACACACACACACACACACACACACACACACACACACACACACACACACACACACACACACACACACACACACACACUCACACGUAGACAUUCACACACUGACUUGCCUUCAAGAUAAUAAAAUUUGUAUAGUAGCAGAAAAAGUGCUGCAUGCAGCAUUUACCAAAGAUUUGAUAAGACUGCAAGAAAGACGAAUAGUUUAUCGUCAAAGUGAACGACUCUGAGCAGUGAUCUCCGCAGACGCUCGUGCAGGGGGAAGAAAGCGAGAGAUCUCAGACUGAUAAAAUGGAUUGUCUGGCAUUUCUACUCUUUCUGUGGUUCAUCCCUAAUAAAUGCAAAGCCUGUUCAACACAAGUUACCAUGACGUUAAAAAUAUAUCAAUCAAGAAGACUGGUAAUCAAGCACUGAUGAUUGAAUCCAGUUUCAAGGGACUUAACCAUUGUUAUCUAAAUUAGGGGUUUACUUUGACUCCUAAUGACUCUCCUUUCAAGCAUGGUCAACAUUCAACUUCCUGAAUAGCUCCUGACUGGGUGAUUUUUUUUUUAUUCUUUUAAUAUAUUAAUUCCCUUGAAUUUGUGAAAGCUUUUUAAUAAAAGCAGUUAAGGACCUUAUAUUUCCAAACUUGUACUUAUGAAAGUGUUUACAUUCUUUUGUAUUCGUAUGAUUUCUGUUUUGUUAGCUCUUGUCAGUAGGUCUUGUAUUUUAGGGUAAUAAUGUGUCGCCUUUUUUGAUACUGCUUAGAGUAAUAUGAGUAAAACAGUAUUUGUAACAUGAGAUAUGCAUUUUUUUUUUUUAUAAAGAAACUGAGGACAAUGUUUACAUAUUCUUAUCUUUGAUGGAGUUGUCUUGUAUUAUACUGUAAAUUCCUUUAUUUUUAUUCUUGUGAAAGGUGAAACUGAAUGUAUUUUGUAAAUAAAUAUAUUUUGCUUAACAAGACUGGAUGAAUGGAGCGUGAG